AUGGAAAUGCCCUGCCCUGCAGCUGCCAUUACCACAGCGGCGGUUGCACUGGCGCCGGUGGUCAUCGGCGCGCCCGGCCUGGUGCAGCAGCUGAUUCUGAGCCACCUGACACUGCGUGACAAGCUGAACCUGGGAGCCAACUGCACUACCCUGCAGCAGGACAGCCUGGCAUGGUUUGGGCAGCCUGUCACGGUAGGGAGGCCCUCCAUGAUAGGCGCAGCAUCGCUGGCUGCCUGGCUGCCUGGAGAAGCGCCAGCCGCAAUUUCUCCCGAAGUGGCACAAGGCAACUGGCGGACGCUCUGCGGGCUGACGGCCCUUAAGCGGCUCACCCUGGACCAUUGCCGCCUUCAGCAGCUGCCAGACGCGGCAUCAAAUCUUACGGCGCUGACCCACCUGGAGCUAAUUAGCAACCACGAAGCUUCCGCACUAGCACCACUGUCUGCCCUGCUGCAGCUGGAACACCUGGAGCUGGACAGUUGCGGGUUAACCGCAGUGCCAGCGCACCUGUCGGCUCUGACGCGCCUUCGUCAUCUUCACCUGGAAAACAACCGAGAUCUGGUGGGCGGGUGGCAUCAUUUAAGUGCACUACCAAGACUGCAAAAUUUGAUACUGAGUGGCAUCGCUAACAGCGCAGACGUGGCAGCGGAGCUACCAGAGCUGCCAGCGCUGACGAGACUCUCGUGCUACAACAUCAACUUCGCCAAUGAGGCAGUUGGCGGCUGGCAAAGCCUGCAUCGGCUGACAGGGCUGGAAACACUGUCCUUGUACAGCUGCAGCAUUCAUCGGCUGCCAGAGGUGCUGCCACACCUGACGGCGCUGACCCGCCUGCGAAUCAUCAACGACAAUCUUUCGGGGCUGGAGCCGCUGUCAGCCCUGCAACAGCUUCGACAUCUGGAGCUUGAAAACUGUAGGCUGGGGGCAGUGCCCGAGCAGCUGUCUGUGCUGACAGCCCUGACGUGGCUGGGCCUGGCGCAAAACCGCGAUUUGACGGGCGGCGGCUGGGAACACCUGCUACCUCUCACCCGCCUGCGCACGCUGACCCUGUGGAGUGUGCCGCGGCCAGAUGGCAUACCUCCAGAGGUGGCUGCGCUGCAGGAUCUGAACCCGCUGAAGAUUCUUUGCUGA